AUGAGCUGUCGACUAUUUGAAGAAGAAGAACAUACACGUAAAUAUCGCUUGCAUCGACCAAAAUAUUCCAAACAAUUAUUCGAACAUAUUAUUAAUUAUUAUUUUAAUGGUAAUCAAACAGAUAAAAAAAUUCCACUCGCCCUUGACGUUGGAUGUGGCAAUGGUCAAGCUACAGUUGGACUUAGCUCAUAUUGUGAUCGAGUAAUUGGUAUUGAUGUUAGUGCUAAUCAAAUAACACAUGCAAUGCAAAAAGAUAAUAUCGAAUAUCGAUGUAAUAGAGCAGAAGAUUUAACAUUUCUUGAAUCGAAUUCAGUUGAUUUAAUUACUGUUGCUACAACGUUACAUUGGCUUAAUCUUGAAUUAUUUGUUGAAGAAGUUAAACGUGUAUUGAAACCAAAUAUCGGUGUUUUUGCCAUUUGGACAUAUGGAACAGGUACAUUGGACAAUCCAAUUGCUGAUGCUAUUUAUCGUGAAUUUGAUCAGACUACCUUAUUUCCUUAUUGGAAUAGUAGACGAUGGUUAACUGAUACUUAUUAUCAAUCAUUAUUACCAUUAUUACCUUACAAAUCAACUCUUGUUGAGUAUACAAUUGAACAAACAACAGAAACAUCAAUAGGACAAUAUAUUGAUUUAAUUGAAACUUAUUCUGCAUGUCAAACAUAUAGAAAACAAGAAGGUGAAAAAGCAUAUCAAGAUCUAAUAGAAAAAUUUCGUGAAAAAAUAAUUGAUGCAUAUACAAAAACUUUAAAUCAAACUACUAAUGAUGAAACAGUCGAUUUCAAUUCAAUUAAAUUAUCAAUAUCAAAUCCCAUACGACUUUAUUUAAUGAAAAAAAAAAUUAGAUAA